CAACACCUCUUCUUGACGCCUAGAAUUCGAUAAACUUCCUCCUUCUCUUCCAGUUCCCUUCUCCCCCCUCUGCGACCCUUUCUGGAGCACAGCGAUGCGGCCCCUCGCCCCUACAUGGCUCUGGCUGAUCGCCAUCUGGUAUCUUCUGUUACCGAGCGCAUCAGCCAUGUCGGAUGCUCAAAGACUGAAGCUGAGGGAUGAGACUGCUUCUCUGUUCAAACAUGGCUAUGAGGGAUAUAUGAAAUACGCCUAUCCCGCUGAUGAACUACGACCUCUAUCAUGCGCGCCUCUUCGCCGAUCACCAAACGCAGCAGACUACGGCAUCAACGACCUCCACGCCAACAUCUCCCUCACCCUCCUCGACGUCCUCUCCACCAUCCCUCUCCUCCACCCCACAGCACUGCCCGACGCCCUGGAAAAGGUCGCAACCCAAGUCAGCUUUGACCAAGACGUCAAGGUGCAAGUAUUUGAGAUGACCAUCCGCGCCCUUGGGGGUUUGUUGUCGAUGUACCAGUACCUCGAUAACCUGCCGGACAGUAUGGAAGAACAAGCGCGGAUCCUCGGGCUCGACAAACCGAGGUCGAAAGCGGGGUGGUGGGGUGUGGUGGAGGAAGAGGCGGUGGAUGAGGUGGAUGUGAAGCGGUAUAAGGGGAGGAUGUUGGAGUUGGCGGAGGAUUUGGGGAAGAGGAUGUUGCCGGCGUUCAAGACGGGGGCGGGGCUGCCUUAUGCGAGGGUAAAUUUGAGGCAUGGGGUAGAGUCGAGGGAGGGGGCAGAGACUUGUAAGUAUCUCUUUUACGGGAGGGAUGGUCGCUGAUUUGGGGGAAGGUACGGCAGGUGCGGGGAGUUUGAUAUUGGAGUUUGCAUUGUUGUCGAGGUUGACGGGUGAUGAUCGUUAUGAAAAACACGCAUACAAAGCAUACACUUCUCUCUGGAAUCGCCGGUCUGACCACAACCUGCUCGGGAACGGUAUCACCGCCACUCUCGGGCAAUGGCUCCAGCCAGGCCUCAGUGGAGUCGGGGCGGGGAUGGAUAGUUAUUACGAAUAUGGUAUCAAGGCUGGUAUCAUGCUCGAUGAUGAUGCUUAUAGCGACAUCUUUUACGACUCUUAUGCUGCUAUUCAGACACACGUCCGCACCUCUGACGGCUUCAUCUACCGACCGCUCCACCUAACCCUCCUCCAACCACCAACAGUCUCCACGAUCGACUCUCUCUCCGCCUUCCUCCCCGCUGUCCAAGUCCUAGCAGGCGACCUCUCGUCCGCCAUCCGCGCGCAUUUGGUGUGGUGGAUGAUCUGGCGGAAGCAUGGGGCUUUGCCGGAGAGCUGGGAUUGGGUAGGGAGGCGGGUGGAGUGGGCUGGGUGGCCGGGGAGGCCAGAGUUUGUGGAGAGUACUUAUUAUUUAUAUCAGGCGACGAGAGACCCGAUGUACCUCAAAGUAGGACAGAGGGUACUGCAAGAUCUGACGAGAAAGACAAAGACUACGUGUGGAUUUGCGACGAUCAAGAAUAUCCUUACAGGGGAGAUGGAAGAUCGCAUGGAGAGCUUUAUGCUUUCCGAAACUCUCAAAUAUCUGUACUUGCUCUUUUCGGAUACACCGUUCGAAAACAAGAACCGGGUAUACACGACCGAAGGCCAUCCGUUGUACAUGCCGCCCGACCUGCUCCAACCGCGGAGCCAAUCCCGCAAAGCCUCACACCGGGGCGAACAACUCUUCUGCCCGGUAUAUCACCCCCCUAUCGCAUUCACCAGCAGCCACUCUCCCUCCUCUCCCCCCGGCUCUAGCGGUGGAGGAGAAGACAAACCAACCCCUUCAGUCGGUACGGACCCCAAACAGCUCGGGCUGAGGGUGGGUAUCGAAGACUCGUCAGAGUAUGAAUAUGCCCGGGGAUUGGUGUUUGGGUGGGGAGAGGAGGGGUUGAAUUGGGAGGCCAAGGAGGGGAGGAAGGGGUGGUAUGAGGGGGGUAUCUGUAGGGUUGAGGAAGUGCCGAGAUUCGCAUUCGACUUGUCUCUGACCAAUAAUACCGACGCUCCAGAGUCUACCUCGGCAGUCAAGCCGAAGAAGACUAAAAAGAAGGGCACGAAAAGCGCCUCACCAAGCAGCAGCAAGGUCGUGCAGAAUACCACAACAGGCGAUUAUGUGAUCCGAGACGUCCAAGGUCUGAAACUGGGUGUCCGAUGGCGAUUCGAUGGCAAGGGGUAUGACGUCUCCAACAUCGACCAUCAUAGAGUCCGCCCAGGUCAGCAAAUAACAAUAACCGACCCCAGUAUGAUCCCCCAGCUCCUCGCUGAUAUCGAACCCGAUCCCCUCCCCGCCGGUGCUGGCCAAGUGUCACAUGGGAUUACGGAUGUGAUCCUGCGGUUCCGGAAAUACAAACCCGACUCAUCAGACCAUGGGGAUGGGGAAGUGUUUUUGCACGCUCUGGCGGCGACGGCGAUAUUUGGGAAAGACUUUUCGCUGCAAGAAGAGUCUGGGCGGGAAGGGGAGGUGGGGGAAGGGUGGGGGUUUGGGGCUGCGCCUUUGACACUGUUCGUCUUGCCUGAUGGUGUUUCGGGCUGCGACCUGUCUCCUGCCGGGAAGAUACAAGACCUCCCGGAAGACGGCUUUGUGAUGGCCAUCUCCCGAGGAUCCUGCCCUUUUGCCGAAAAAGCGAAAUACGCCAAAGCCCACGGUGCGCAAGGCCUCAUCAUCACCGGCCUUCCCCUCCCGCCACUGGACCCGACCAACCCUGAGCAAGGGGUAGAAUGGAAAGAAGAAUACGAAGGGAUCUACCACAACCCCCAGAGCGACCCGGGGCUGAUCCGCCCCUCGGCAGAAGGAGUUGAUGUGGAGGAGGUAGGGGAGGGGGUGGGGGUUGUUUAUGUUGAGUGGGUUGUGGGGCGGGCUUUGAGGGAUGUCGUGGGUUUGAAAGAUGGGGGAGGAGGAGGAGGGGCAGGGGGUGUAAGGGUUGGGGUAGAGAUAAUGAGGAUGGAGGAUCUGCAGAAUACAAAUGAGGAUACCUCGCCUGCGCCACCUCGGAGGCAUAAGCGGAAACAGAAGCCUUUCGAGAGUCCUCACGACGAAAGAGAUGGAGAUGGAGAAGAUCGUGGGAAUGGGGAAGAGAGGAAGAAGGGAGAAGGACGGUUAGGCGUGGAAGGAUGGGAGAUCUGUAAUCUUGUGGUCGAUCCUACUGUAGUAUAAUCCUGGCAACCUCUUGCAUCGACUUGUCUCUUCCGUUUUGUCAUGACCAUCUAUGCAUACAUGCACUAGUAUCCCUG